AUGGAUAAAAUUGAGGAUAUUAUAAAGAAGCCAUUUCAAACGACACUCAUUUUUUUUGUCAAUGGGAAGAAGGUGGUGGAAAAGUCGCCGGAGCCAGAAUGGACUUUGCUUUGGUACUUACGCAAAAAGCUUCAAUUAACGGGGACCAAAUAUGGUUGCGGGGAAGGUGGUUGUGGAGCUUGUACCGUAAUGAUAUCUCAGUACGUGAGAGAUGAAGAUCGAAUCAGACAUUUUGCUGUGAAUGCUUGUUUAACGCCGGUGUGCGCUAUGCAUGGUUUAUCUAUUAUCACAGUAGAAGGGAUUGGUUCUACACAAGAUAGACUUCAUCCGGUUCAAGAAAGAUUAGCGAAAGCUCACGGAUCACAGUGCGGAUUUUGUACCCCUGGCAUCAUCAUGUCCAUAAGGGAAGAUGAAUUAGAAAUCAUAUCAACUACUCAGAAUCCAGGGGAUAUAGCUCAUAUAGUAUCAGAAACGCUUCGCAUACCAAGUCAUAAAGUGGUCGCGAAAGUUAAAAGGAUCGGUGGGGGUUUUGGAGGAAAAGAAACUAGAGCAGCUUUAUUGGCUAUUCCUGUUGCAAUAGCCGCUUAUAAACUGAAAAAACCGGUUCGAGCAGUUUUAGAUCGAGAUGAAGACAUGCAAGUAACAGGCUAUAGACAUCCAUUUUUAACAAAAUAUAAAGUUGCCUUUGACAUCGAAGGAAAAAUUUGUGGUGUUUUAUUUAACUUUUUUGCCAAUGCUGGAAAUUAUAUGGAUAUAUCUUGUGCGAUGAUCGAUCGAGCCCUAAAUCACAUGGAUAAUUGCUAUUACAUUCCAAAUAUUGAAAUUAAUGCUUAUUUAUGCAAAACUAAUCUUCCAUCUAAUACAGCUUUUCGUGGAUUUGGUGCACCUAAAGCAAUGCUAGCAGCCGAAUGUAUGAUUAGAGAUAUAGCCACAGUGUUAAAUAAAGAUUAUGAAGAAAUUGUUAGGAUCAAUCUAUAUAAGGAAGGAGAUCUUACUCAUUAUAACCAGAAAUUAACAUAUUGUACGUUGUCAAGAUGUUGGAAUGAGUGUGUGGAAACAUCUAAUUAUAAAUUAAGAAAAGCCGCAGUAAAAGAAUACAAUAGGUGUAAUAGGUGGAAAAAGAAAGGUUUCUCUGACAUUCCCAAGGAGUUUAAUGUGUCUUUACUGAAAGGUGCCCCUAAUCCAAGAGCUGUUUAUUCAUCGAAGGCAGUUGGUGAGCCUCCCUUGUUUUUGGCAGCAUCUGUAUUUUUCGCAAUUAAAGAGGCAAUAGCAUCGGCGAGGUCGGAAUUUGGGGCAAGUUUAGAAUUUGUAUUAGAAGCACCAGCUACUUGCGCACGCAUCAGAAUGGCCUGUGAGGACGAAAUAACAAAGCAGGUCAAGCCUACCAUCAAAGCUCGCGGCCAGCCAUGGAAUGUGUUACCA